UAUUUUGCUUGCCGUAACUGCUCUUCUUGUCAAUGAAUUAAUAAGCCACUUUCUUUUACUCAUCUCAGGAGCUUUGAAGAUCCUCCCAAUUCUUAUUAAUCUUUUCUACCCGGCCGAUCAGCUUCCUUCAUUUUCUUAGUUCCCAAACACACAUUUUUAAAUUAAUUAAAUGGAAGUUAUGGUUGAACCUCCAAAGUAUUUCGUGUGCCCCAUAUCCCUUCAGCUCAUGAAGGACCCGGUUACGGCGGAGACAGGAAUCACAUAUGACAGGGAAAGCAUCGAACGAUGGUUUUUGACAGCCAACAACUUGACAUGUCCGGUUACGAAGCAAACCCUGAGAAGUGACUCCGACUUGACUCCCAACCACACCUUGCGGAGGCUGAUCCAGUCAUGGUGCACGCUCAAUGCAACCAACGGUGUUGAUCGGAUUCCGACUCCCAAGUCUCCACUCAACAACACCCUCAUUUUCAAACUCAUAAACGAUCUUAGCAUCGUUGAUAAUGAUGACUAUUUGAAACCUGAGAAAGCUCUAAAGAAAAUGGAAGCGCUUGCAAAUGAGAGCGAUAGGAACAGGAAGUGCAUGGCUGAAGCAGGAGUUGCCAAAGCCAUGGUUCUGUUCCUGGAAAGAUGUUGCAAACAAGGAACAACAUCAACAAUGUGUCUCCAACAAGCUCUAAAAGUUCUUCAUCUUGUUUGGAAUCAUACCCCGGAAAUCAAGCUUCUUGUAAACGAAGAAAACACUGACUUUCUUCAGGUUUUGAUGUGGAUUUUACAAAGUGAUCAUAAGGUGAGUAGAACCGAAGCCAUGCUUGUAUUGAAAAUGGCGAUCCAAGACUCGAAUCGAACUCGGUUGGAGAGAUUAAAUCCGGAGCUUUUCAAGAGCAUCGUAAAAGUGUUGAGAGACAAAGUAGCAGUUAAGUCUGCUUUGGAAGCUUUAAUAAAAGCAUGUACAUGGAGAGCAAACAGGUUGAGAAUCGUCGAAGCCGGUGCAGUUUUCGAGCUCAUCGAAACAGAAUUACUAACAAAUCCCGAAAAGCACGCCACAGAAUUAAUCUUCAACCUUCUGGCUCAGCUGUGUUCGAUUGCUGAAGGGAGAGAACAGCUCUCGAAGCAUGCAGGAGGCAUAGCCAUGGUGUCUAAAAGUAUUCUCAGGGUUUCUCCUGCAACGGAUGAUCGAGCAGUCCUUAUACUUUCCAUGAUCGCAAAGUUCUCUGCGAGAAACGAGGUCGUUUUGGAGAUGUUAUGGGUUGGGGCGGUGACGAAGCUUUGCAUGGUCAUGCAAGCAGAGUGUGCGGCGUAUUUGAAGGAGAAAGCAAGAGAAAUUCUUCGACUCCACUCUAAAUUGUGGAAAGAUUCUCCAUGCAUUGUUCUGUAUUUGCGAACGAGGAACCAACGGAUGGUGCAAAUUAAGCUGUUUGGGAGUAACCAAGUCCAUCGAACAGCAAGUUCGUCCACAUAAGUGAAACAAGAAAGGCAAGGGCAAAAGGGACAAUUGCUCGGAAUUCACCGUGGAAGAGGUGAAAACACUCGUGGC